CAAACUAAAGAGGAGGGAAAACCCAAAUCUCACGAACUGGAAAAGCGAAUACCAUUUUCUUCUUCUUCUUCAUCUCUGAAUUUCAUCCAUGGCAGAAAUUCUCAGUCCAUCCAAGCAGCGAAUCCUUAUAGCUUCACGACUUCAAUCGCCAACUAACUUCAUCGGACCCAAUGACGACACACUCGAAAGAGCCCAAGCGCGAGCCGCACGCGCCGCCGCCAUUCGUCGCAAAACGGCAGCCUCUUCUGCCGCAGCACCUCCUCCGCCUCCAGAUCUAUGCCUUGACAAGCAACAGAUUCUCGAUUUGUUCAACAAUUGCAUCAAACUCGCCAGCGAAAAUAAAAUCAACCAGAAGAAUACUUGGGAGUUAGGUCUGAUUGAUCAUCUCUACGAUGUUAUCAAAGUAGAGCAACAAGAUGACAUAGAAACCAAUUUUCAGAAGGCAAGUUGUACACUAGAAGCUGGCAUUAAAAUUUAUUCAAUGAGGGUUGACUCUGUGCAUUCAGAGGCAUAUAAAGUCCUCGGUGGAAUUAAUCGAGUGGGACGAGAAGAUGAACAAGAUAAUGUUGUGGAUGAAGAUGGAUCCAAAGAUGAUCAUGAUGAAGGCAAUUCUAAGAAAGAGUCAAACUGGAAGGUAUCGCCCUCAUCAACACUUGAAUCGUCAUUUGAGUCACUCAAUGUGAAGAAAUUUGAUGUUGCAUUUGCAGUAGAUCCUCUUUAUCAUCAGACAUCUGCACAGUUCGAUGAAGGUGGAGCUAAAGGUUUAUUGUUGAAUAAUCUUGGGAUAUAUGGAGGAUGUCAGGUUCUUUUUGAUUCAUUUGAAGUGCCAGGGAAGUCUAUGGCAUCUGGUAACAAACCCUGUAAUCAAGAGAGUAUUGAUCUUUCUUUCGCCAAAGAUUGCAUUGACAAGAUGGUGAAGUCCAUGGGCAUGUCGGAGGAGAUCUCUCCCUCACUCAAGCACAUAGUGAAUCUAUUUGAUGAAAGUAAUCAAAGGCCACCCAUUACGUUUACUUCAGUUGACAAUGUAAAUGAAGAAUUUCAUGAAACUUGCAAUAACACUAAUGAUGAUAAUGCUGAGUUGGAUGAUACUGGAGUUGAAGAUUGUGCAACAUGGGGUUUUGAGAAUGAAGAUCCGAAUGGGGAAGACCCUAUUUCUGGAGGUGAUUAUGAGGAGAAUGAACCAUCUAUUUUCCAACCCCCUAAUGUGGAAGAUGGAACAGAGAAUGUCGACGAAUAUUUGUUUCUGAGUUUGGGGCUUAAUUUAAAACACAAUGCCUGGGCGGGUCCUGAUCAUUGGAAGUAUCAGAAGGUAAAAGGUGUAACUGAAGCAUCCAAGGUAGAUGAAUUGCCUGUGGCAAAGAAGGCCAAGAGCAAAAAACAGAUGGAAGUUGAUAUUGAUUUCACCCAGGCAUUGGAAAAUGACAUGUCUAAUAUUUUUGCACCUCCUAAGAAUCCCAAAUCAUUACUUCUUCCAAGAAAUAGAGCACCUUGCAAUACUAAGCUGCCAGAGGAUUGUCAUUAUGAACCUGAAAAUCUUGUCAAGCUAUUUCUUUUACCUAAAGUCAUGUGUCUUGGCAGAAGAAAAGGGAUAAAGUCAUCAGCAGAAGAAUGUGAACAGGAGAUAGACAAUGAUGAACAAAUGGCAUCAUGGGAAGAUAAUGGUGGUGAAUUUGGAAAUGAAGAUGUUCAUAGUGAUGUAGAGGAUACUGACACACUUGUUCCUCAGCCUCGUCAGGUAAAUAAGAUUGAAGUCAACUAUGACAAAACAUCUAAACAUGUGGAUGUUCAGGCAUUAAAAGAAACAGUUUGGAGCCACUUACAAGCAUACAAGGAAACGACCACACAAGAUGAAGAAGAGGAAAUGAUAUCAUUUAAGAAGGUUUUAGCUGACAUAUUCCCAACUGACUGUAAAACAGCUCCAACUGAAGAUAUAUCUCCUCAUCUCUGCUUCAUAUGCUUAUUGCAUUUAGCCAACGAACAUGGAUUGUCCAUCCGCGGUUGCACCAAUUUCGACGAUCUAACCAUACAUGUACCAUCUGAUGCAAAGGCAGUUUGAUCCAUGUAAAUUUAUGUGUUUCAAGUCUUUUUUAUGUCAUUAGAUUUUGAAACAGCCUAAAAUGUAGCAAACUGGUUGUAUUUUACAUCUGGAUAUGGAUUCAGAUGUUGGAAACUGAAUUUAGUUUGAUAUAUUACUACCCA